UUUCUCUUUGAAGUUUGAUGCGAAUUGUGACACCUGACAAGUGACAACUGUCUGUUGCUUAAUUAUUCGACUUUCUUGAUUAAAAGAUUCCAAAAAAUUUUGAUUCCCAUCAGAUUAAGUUCUGCCUGCUAGGGUCUUACUCACAGUGAAUUUGAUUUUCAUAGAUUAUAAAAAAAUAACCAUUUUUAUAUAAAAAUGUUACGCAGCAUUGUUGAAUAUUACGCCGAACACGGAGGCUAUAGAUGUGGAUAUUGUCGAAGUCCUACGACAAACUUUAGUCACGGUAUGUGGGCGCAUACAUUAACGGUGAGUGACUACCAGGAUCUGAUUGAUAGGGGUUGGAGAAGAUCUGGGAAAUAUUGUUAUAAACCAACAAUGGAUGUAACUUGCUGUCCCAUGUAUACUAUCAGAUGCAGAGCAUUAGAGUUUAAGCCUACCAAAUCACAGAAGAAAGUAUUAAAACGUUUCAACAAGUUUCUGAUGGGUCAAAAUGAGUCAGAAGCUGAGAAGGGCAGGAAAAUGUCCACAUGCAGUAGCGGGUCUGAAGUAUUAGGCGAAGGUUUUGAAGAAGGAGUUGAGCAAUAUGUUGAAACCACUAGAGAGCCUCAAGAUAUGAAUAUUGCGGAAAUUCAAUCUUGUCAAAUGGAUAGAUUAAAUGAAACAGCUGAUAGUAGUACAAAAGGUGAAUCUUCAGUACAAAUGGAUGUAAAUACUUUACCAAAAGAAGCCAGUACUAAUGUACAAAAUCCCAUAAAAAAAGACACUGGUCCUGAUCCUAGUAAGGCACCAUGUAAAAAAGCCAAACAGUUGAGACGAGAGAGAAAAUUAGAAAAAUUAAAGGAGAAGGGAAUUGAUGUGUCGUCACUGAACACAACCAGCAAAAACAAUGAAAAACAAAUAGAAGAGUUUAUCAAUGAGUUGCCUGACGAUGUGAAGAAAAAGUUGGAGAUUAGAUUAGUCCGCACCACUCCGCCCAGCCCCGAGUGGUUGGCGACUUCUAAAGAAACGUAUGAAGUGUAUGUCAAAUAUCAAACAAUAAUACACGAUGAUAAGCCGGAGAAAUGUACUGAGCCCAAGUUCAAGGACUUUUUAGUGCGGAGUCCUUUGUUGGAGGAAUUCAGCGAGACGGGUCCGCCAUGCGGGUUUGGUUCGUUCCACCAACAGUACUGGUUGGAAGGUAAACUAGUGGCUGUUGGCGUUAUCGAUAUAUUGCCCAAAUGUGUCUCGUCUGUUUAUUUCUUCUAUGACCCUCAGUACAUGCAUUUAACUUUGGGCACUUAUGGCGCUCUCAGAGAGAUCGAAUUCACAAGACAACUGCACACUGUGUGCCCGGAGCUCAAGUACUACUACAUGGGAUUCUACAUCCAUUCUUGUCGGAAGAUGAGGUACAAAGGCAACUUCGCCCCGUCAGACCUUCUAUGCCCAGAGACUUACAAAUGGUUCCCUCUAAAAGACUGCAUACCUAAGCUAGAACUAUCGCCGUACUCGAGGCUUGACCCAGACAUAGAUAGUGUGGACACGAAUUAUCCCACGGAGAGAGAUAUAGGCUACAUACCAGUGUAUCUGAAUGGCGCUAUUAUGACGUACAAAGCGUAUAAAAGGAAAAUCGGGACUAAGAAAAAUGACAGUGCAGACGAGGUUCAAGAAUAUGCGAUAUUAGCCGGCGCUAAAGCUGCUAAGAGUCUGAUCUUGGCUAGAUGAAUGUGUUUGUGAAAUUCUCAGUGGUGUCUUGCAUUGACAGUUUAAGGCCACCCGAGUACUAUAUUUUGCUUUAAGGGCUAGCGUCGACUAAGCUUGCCGAAUUGAACCGAAUCGGAUUGAUUUGCCUACUAUAUUUAGCCUAAACAGCGUCAAUUAAAAACACGCCAUGGCAUUCCAAGCCGAAACACAUAUUUAAUAAAUGUAAUUCGACUAUGCGAACUUCGAUUCGCUCUAGUCGACGCCAGGCUUUAUCAAUUUAGCUUUUAAUAUUGUUAAUAUACAUAGUUGUAAUGGCAAAGCCCUUUUGAGUGUUACUAAUAAAUAUUUUACAUUGUAAUUUAUUUGUAUUAUAGUGAACUAUCAGUACUUACAUUCACAGCAAUAGAUCUUUAGAUCAAUAAA